AUGUCCGGAUUCCUCAACUCGAUCGGCUCUCUACCAGCUCAGCCAGACAAGGCGGCAGCUGUAUCGCACGGACCGCCAACAUUUCGAGCGGCGCCAGCGAUUGCAGCAAGCAGAAGCGGCCACGACACCGCUUCCAAAUGCUCUCGGGUAAAGCUGACAGGCAGACGUCUCCGUGCGCCCAAGCGCUCGCCGGUGCUCACCAUGCCGGGCGGCCAGCAGUACGACGCUCCGCUGGCGUCUCCCGGUGCCGAGUUCAGCGGCCAGCCCGCGUCGCCGACAGGGCCGAAGCCGCUCUUCCUCUGCCAGCCUUUCGUUAAGGCUGCCCUCGUCAAGGGAUCGUUCAAGACCAUCGUUGCGCCGCCCAAGUACGUCGACGUCAACGAGUGGGUCGCUAUCAACCUGUUCGACUUCUACCACAACCUGAACCACUUCUACUCUGCCCUGACUGAGUUCUGUACGAUCCACAACUGCCCGACCAUGUCGGCUGGCCCGACGCUCAACUUCCUCUGGCCGGACCAGAACCAGCGCCUCGUCUCGCUCCCCGCGCCGACGUACAUUGACUUUGUCAUGUCGUGGCUCCAGAAGUUACUCGAGGACGAAAACGUCUUCCCGACAAAGUCCGGUCGCGACUUCCCCACCUCGUUCGCGUACACCGCCAAGCACAUCUACAAGCACCUGUUCCGCGUCUUCGCGCACCUCUACCACGCACACUUUGAGCAGGUCGUCCAUCUCUCGAUCGAGGCGCACUUCAACUCGCUCUUCGCGCACUUCCUUGCCUUUGGCAAGGAGUUCGACCUCCUCGUCAUGAAGGACCUCAUGACCCCGCAGGGCAUGGGCCAGGGCGUCGCUGAGCUCGCCGAGCGCUGGCGCGAGAUGGGCAUCCUCGAGGCUUAA